AUGGCGGCGCUGGGCCCGGCGAUCUUCUCCCGCGGCUUCCGCUUCAACCCGACGCCCCUCGAGGCCGCCACCUACUACCUCCCUCGCCUCGUCGCCGGCGCGCCGCUGCACGAGGCCGUGCGCCCCGUCGUCAACCACGCCGACGUCUACGGCUGCGAGCCCGCCGACCUCGCCCGCCAGUUCUGCCCGCUGCCCAGGACCGGGCACCGAUUCUUCUUCACCCACUGCAAGCUGCAGCAGCCGCAGAGGGCGGGGAAGGCCAGCAGGGCCACGCGCGCCGCCGGCUCCGGAUCGUGGCACUCGCAGAGCGUCAAGGACGUCGUGGACCACGCCGGUGUCAAGGUCGGCGAGAUCAGGAAGCUCCGGUACAAGAAGGGCGGCGAGUACACGGACUGGCUCAUGGACGAGUACUCGUGCUGCUUGGAGGACGCCGUCGCCGGCGACAGGCAGUUCGUGCUCUGCAACAUCUACGUGUCCCCCAGGGCCGAUCAAGGCUCCGCGGCGCGCCAAGAAUCCGCCGCCUUCUUCGCUCCACCUGCGCCUGCGCCCGUCGUGAUUGCGCAGGCUGCGGCGCCCAAGAGGCCGGCGCCGCAGAGUGCCGAGCCGCCGUGCCCCAAGCGGAUGCGAGGUGACGUCGCCCCGACGCCUCCGGUCGUGCAGCCGGCGGGUUAUUGCACGGCGUCCUUCGCGCCACCACUGCCGUACGUGCCUCACAUCGCCACUUCAGCUCAGCCUCCGCCGCCGCCAGUUCCGACCCGUCUCGCAGCACCGCCGCUGAGUCGCUCGCUGGCGCCCACACCACUGCACCCGCGUUCGCCACCUCAGCAGCAGAUGCCGCCGCCGCCGACUCUCCCGGUGGUACGUGCCUGCCACAUGCCAGUGCAAGCACCGGCACGUCACUGCCAGCCGCCUCAGCCGUCCGUGCAGAAGAAGCAGAGCACACGCGAUCCGUUUGAAGCCGCUGAGCUGGGAGACGAAGCAGAGGAGGAAAGGGUGGCAGCGCCUGAUCCCAAGGAGUCCCCUGCAGCGCUUGUUGAUCAAGAUGACGACUGGGCCGAGUUGGAAAAGUGCAUGGACGACGCCGUGCCAACAACCGAGGGCUCGACGGUGAGUGAGGACGAGAUGGACCAGACGAAGCAGAGCACGGACGAUCCGUUUGAAGCUGCCGAGCUGAGAGACGAAGCAGAGAAGGAAAGUGUCGCAGCGCCUGGUCCGGCACAAGAUUUCGACAUGGACGAGUUUUGCAGGUCACUAGAAGGAAAUGGCGACUUGGUAAGGCUCUUUGAGGAUGAAGACAAUGUGUUGACAGCCGAAGCAGAGGAGGAAGCACCUGCCAACUCUGAGGGCUCAACGAUGGCUGAAGACGCGCCUGAUCCAUCGUCCAUGGAGGAGUCGCCUGCGGCGGCACAAGAUUUCGACAUCGACGAGUUUUGCAAGUCAGUACAAGACGACAUAUGGGCAUGCGAGCUGGACCACUUUGCAUGCUCUUUCGAGAACGAAAGCUUCUCCUGGGAGUAUGGAUUGGGAAGGCUUGAUGACUGA